AUGGAACAUCCAGCAUACGCAUUGAGCAUUUUGACCACGACAGGUGGUCUCAUGGGGUACUACCGUAAGGGCUCUAUUCCAUCUUUAGUAUCUGGAUUAGUGUUCGGCAGUGUUUACGGUAUUGCCGGAUACUUGUUACAUAUGAACAGAGAUGGCGGGUUAGAAACCGCAUUAGGUGCAUCAUCUUUGUUACUUGGUGCAGGUAUUAUCAGAGGUAUGCCUUCCAGAUUCACUAAACCUGUCCCAAUCGUCUUGACGGCCUUGGGUGGACUUGGCAGUUACUACUACUAUAACAAAUACAAAGAAUUUUAUCCAUGA